UAGGCAUUGUGGGACACAGACUAAGAUGGAAGCGACCACCAGGAGCAUGUCGAAACCGCAAUAACAUAUAGUUUUAAGUGUUAGACCUCCACAUAACUCUUUUGCUUCGCUGUGACAAUAACAAAAUAUUUAGGUGGCACAACAUCGCAGCUGGACGUUGAAACUGAAAACAUGUCUGUACUGGGAGGGUUACUGAGAGCUGGAGUGUCCUUCUGUCAGUCUGCUGGGACUCUGCUCCACACAGCCAGGACCUUUUCUACUGGUACGUGUCGUCAGAUCAGGAUGCAUUCCAUUCCAGAGCUGAAGAAGGUGGACAGGUGGACUGAGAAGAGGAGCAUGUUCGGGGUUUAUGACAACAUAGGCAUCUUAGGAGACUUCAAAGCUCAUCCCAAAGACCUCAUCAUGGCGCCCUGCUGGGUGAAGGCUUUCAGAGGCAACGAACUGCAGCGUCUAAUAAGAAAGAAGAAGAUGGUGGGCGACAGAAUGAUGACUCUGGAGAGACACAACUUGGAGAAAAGGAUCCGUUAUCUCUACAAACGUUUCAACCGCUAUGGCAAAUUCCGCUAACGUUGAACAAACCACACUGGCAAAUACAUGUGACCAGCCAAUAAGGACUGAUGGAAACUAGCUGUGUGUUUCAUGCUGUCAAAGUGUUGUAUGUCGCCAUUUUUUUUCUAAGUUAUCAUUUUCAUAUGAGGAGAAGCUUUGUGUGAUUCAGAGCAGUAUACUUCCUGUACUUCUGUUUGAUUGUUUUUGGUCCUAUGACCAACACAAAAUUUAAGAUAUAAAAGCCAAAAAAAGACUGGAAAAACAAUAUUUGUUUUAUUUCUUCUAACCAACAGAAGCUCCCUCAGCUCCCAGACAGCAACAAGCUGGUUGCUUUUGCUCGAUAGCUGUAAACAAAUGACAUGGCGGUCUUGCCUGAGAAUCUAAGGCUACACCCACACUAACAUGUUUUUGUUUUUAAACGCAUCAGUAUUGCUACAUUUAUGCUUAGUGUCCACAUUAGUUUUUGAACCCCUAAAACGGAGAGCUUUGAAAAUGCUGCUGACCCUGUUUUAGUUUGAGAACUCAGGGAUUGUGUUUUAGUGUGGAUUCAUGGAAGUAUAGACUUUGGAAAACAGUGAUGCAGACAAUCAGGUUUGCUUCUCGAUUGUGUCUUGUCAGUCUCAACAUGCCAAAACAUUAUAGCAACAUCUACACAA